AUGAAAUUGACCACAGUAUCAAAUUCUCUGGCAAUCAUCUCGCUUAUCUCUAUUGGAAUCUGUUCAAUCAAAGCUGAUGAUUCCCCCUUCGAUGAGAAAUACAGACCUUAAAUACAUUAUACUCCAGCUAAGAACUGGAUAAACGAUCCCAAUGGAUUGUUCCGUGACGUAGACGACCGCUUUCACAUGUUUUAUCAGUACAACCCAUAGGAUAAGGUUUGGGGACAUAUGAGCUGGGGUCAUGCUAUUUCAGAUGAUCUAGAGCAUUGGGAGGAGCAACCAGUGGCUGUUCCUGAAGGCGAUGGAGUGGGUAUAUUCUCUGGCAGUGGAGUCGUGGACUACAAUAACACAGCUGGAUUCUAAAACUCUUUGCUCUACCCCACGCAACCUGCUUAUGUCCUCAUCUACACAGGGAAUACCAAUGAUGAGUAAAAUCAGAACUUGGCUUACUCACUUGAUAAUGGCAACACCUUUAUCAAAUAUGCAAAUAACCCUGUUCUGAGAAUACCAGGUGAGAAAAACUUCAGAGACCCUAAGGUAUUUUGGUUCGGUCCUUAGGAAAAAUGGGUAAUGGUAGUAAGUUUAUCUAGUCAGCAAAAGGUAGCAUUCUACUCAAGCCCCAAUCUCAAAGAUUGGAUCAAGACUGGCGAGUUUGGAAUUUCUGUAUAAGAGAAUAUUCAAUGGGAAUGCCCAGAUCUAUUCUUUAUUACCUGUCCUUUGACAGGAUUUUAAAAAUGGGUACUUGUUGUUAACGUGAAUCCAGGAGGCUAUCAAGGCGGUUCAGGUGCUAGAUACUUCUUGGGCAGCUUCGAUGGCUUAACCUUCACAAUGGAGGACCCUACUAGAACUCAUGACUACAUUGAUUAUGGAUCUGAUUUCUACGCAGUUACUAGUUACUCCACUAAGUUGGAUAGAUGGAACAUUACUAGAAAACUGUCAUUUGGAUGGAUGAGCAACUGGAACUAUGCCAACGCUCUCCCAACUGAUCCCUGGAAAGGUUAGAUGUCUGUCCCAAGAGAACUAAAGCUCUAUAUUUACACUUUCUUCAACAAACCUUACAAUGAAACAUACAAAUUCUUCUUAAGCAAUACUCCCAAUAGAGACUUUGGAAUUAGCAAAGUAUCAACUGAUAAAGUCUUGAAUAUCACUGACAACAAGGACAACAUUGCAACUUUGAAUCAAAAGAUUAAGACUUUCUUGGAAGCCAAUAAUAACCCAGAGCUACUCCAAAUCAUAGUUAACUUUACCAAGCCAGUAGGUGACUAUGAUUUUGGUUUGAAUAUCAGAACUAACUAUAAGGAUGUCAAGACUGUAGUCGGUGUGAAGAGAGACAACUACUUAGUCUUGGACAGAAGCGCUUCAGGAAACACACUUGAAAUAGAUUCAUUCAAGAAUCAAAAGGAUAUCAAGACUGAGUGGGACACUUACAACGAGCAGUGGGGUAAGAUUGAGAUCAUACUCGAUAGAUCUAGUGUUGAGGCUUUCUUCUUCAGCUGGCUAAGUGUCACUGACUUGAUAUUCCCAGAUGACGCCUCUAGAGGUGUGGAGCUCUGGGCUAGUGACGUGGAUAAGGUAGGAGUCGCCUGGAUGACUAUAACAGUCCUUGAAUCAGCUCAUUAGUAACAACAGAAGAGUCAUUAGACAAUUCAAUCACAGAAAUCUUCAAAGUUCCUUAUUGAGCAAUGA